AUGUUGGAUAAAGAAGACCCUCCAGACUUGUACAAAAUCGAAACCGCAACGAAACCAGACACAUGGUAUUCUAACGAAUGGCUCACAAAUAUUGUGUUGAAAAACGACCAAGCCCGACAGAAAUCUCUCAGACAUAUUGUUUUGAAUAGGGCUUUGAUCCUGGUCCUGGCUAAAAUUGAGAGUAUUGCAGCUGUAGCUUUGAGCGACUGUAAAGAAAUUCUUGAUGAAUACCCGGAAGCAGAAAGUGGCUUUUAUGAGAUAGAACUAUGGCAGUCUAGGAAGAUACUUAUAGUGAAUUGUGACAUGGACACUGACGGUGGCGGCUGGACGAUAUUUCAUAGGCGCUUUGACGGGUCUGUUAAGUUUUAUCGAAACUUCACAGAAUACGAAAAUGGGUUUGGAAACACAGGAGGAGAACUGUGGCUAGGCCUGAAGUACAUACAAGAAUUAGCUGACCAAAGUCAUUCAGAAGUUCGUGUUGAUAUUGAAAAUUACAACAACGACACUGCUUACGAGACCUUUCAGGAAUUUAAGUUAAUAGAUGGAAGGAACUAUAAACUCAAUAUUGGGUUACGUGACCUAAGCACAGACAAACUAGGAGGACUAGCGCACAAUAAUUUACUGCCGUUUACCACUUAUGACCGUGACCUAGAUACCGCUUGGUCACGUAAUUGUGCUGUUGAUCGACAUGGAGGCUGGUGGUAUGGCUCAUGUACAUCCAUUAAUCUCAAUGGAUUAUAUGUCUCACCAGAUUCACCAGAUACACCAU